GCUAAAGCUUCACUAACGGCGGCAGAGAAGCAGCUCCGCGGCAGCCGACAGGAGCUCGACUACUGGAAGCAGAACGCAGCGAGGCUCCGCAGAAGGAACCGGCUGACCGGCCUGGCUAUCGGAGCGUUUGUGGUCGGCAUGUUCUUUAGGUCAGAGAGAAGCUCCGGAACUGCUGCUUUGCAUCCUCAGGUGAGUAAAAGAUUCCUCAGCUCAAAAAAACAGGAUGCAAGGAGGUACGUUGCCAUGGUUGAUCUGCAUGUCCGGUGACGUUUUGCAUGAUGUUGUGACUGACCAUCAGAGCUGUGAUUGGCGCUGUUGGCCUCUGAAGUGAGCAUAACAUUACCUAAUAACCCAGACUUUCACAGCUGAUUUCCCUGCUGCCGUCGCCUGAGGUAAGUUCUGCUGUAGAAACAGUUCUGGAGAGUCAAGUAUAACAGGUGGCUGCCUACUGGGGCUGCAUGAAAGGUAGAUGUUGCUGGAAGGACUUGCACUGGUUAUGUAGCCUGUAUCAUAGUGAAGUCGUUCAAUUUCCAGUUAAAUCUUGGGCUGUAUUCUUAAAUUAGACUGUCUGCUUCACUACUAUGUAAAUUAGUUGUUUGCUGCUGAUUUUCAGUUCAUUUGGUGUAGAUGGAGGUUUAAUCUACAAUUCUACAAUUUCAUUUAACAGACUUUUUUAUCCAAAGUAACGAACAUCUGAGAGAAUCAGAGAGUCAGGAGAAAACAACCUCGAUUAGUGCAAUAAAACAAGUUCAAGUGUCUUUUGCACCAUACUUAUUUAAUUCUUAAAUAUCAUCCCAUGUCACAGUUUCCUACUGAUUGGACUCUCAAGUUAUCCAGGUAAAAAUCUAGUCUGGUUCAAAAAGGAAAGAAAGAAUUGCUUCAAUUUGUAACACAUGAUUGAAUUAAGUUUAUCCAAAUUAAGUUAACAACUAAUAUUAAUUUAUUAAAUCAUUUGAUUCCACUUAAAUGAGCAGCUCAAUUCAACUUGAAGUUUAAAUUUUUCCAAUUUGCUUUACCCAAACAUAAAAUUUAAAACAUGAUUUUGUCAUUACACAUCUAUCAUUCCAUCUUUUUCUUUACUCUGUAGAAGAAAACAGCAGCUGAAUUGCAGCAGGAAAUUUAGAAUGUUGAACCACGCCAAAGGAGUAAAUCUCUGCAUUGACAAUAAAAUUAGAAUACUCAUUUAAAGAAGUGAAUAUCAUGUGAUGAAAUAUGUGAUAAUCUAUGGGACAACAUCCAGUGGUUCAAAAUUAAUUCAGCAUCUCUGUGCAGCAGAUGUUAGUCCAGAAUUACAAACAAGCUCCAUUAGUUGAUUCUCAUUUAUCUGUGCUCUGUUUUGAAAUCAACGCUGUACAUGCAGGUAGAUGUUCAUCCUCCUGGAGACCUCAAAGGCCAUUUGUUUAACUCGUGUACAUUUUUGAAAACAGGUGCAGAUAAACACAACACUGUAGUUUCAGCUCAUAAAAUGUUCACAUGGAGUAGUUUCUAUGGACAACACUCUUUAAAAAUUAAAGCUGUGGCAUACAGGGGCAGUACACUCAUGAAUGAUCUGAAGAAUCCAGUGGUGUCCUGCUUUAACACUCUUUCUAGACCAUAAUAUACAAUUCAACAUAACCUUACAGAGCAUUUUAUGCAUCCAGGAGAGUUCCAGGUGUUAUUACUUUAAGAGGCUUUUCAGAUCUAAUUAUAUAAACUUAUUUUAUGCUAUUUAGAGUCCUAUUUGUUUCAUUUUACAUCAUACUUUUACAAAUUAUUUUCUUUCUUUAAUUUGGAAUUUUAUGCUUUUUUGAUCUUAUUAAAAAUGUAUCAGUUGAUUUGAAUAUAUAGUUAAUUUGUGUGUGUGUGUGUGUGUUUUGGGGUGUUAGCUGUUUCCUAACUUGAUCAGCUGUGCCAGAUCUUCACUGUUCAGAGAGAUCUGUAUAUGCAGUGGGACAUUUCUAAAUAAUACAGUAUAUGUUUUAGAAGAUCUUAAACGAAACACAUCCAUCCAUCAUCUAUACACCGCUUGAUCGUCAUUAGGGUCGCUGGGGUGCUGGAGUCUAUCCCAGCUGACUUGGGGCGAAGGCAGAGGACACCUGGACAGGUAGCCAGUCCAUCACAGGGCUAAACGAAACACAGCAAAUAGGAAAACAUCAUGUGUCUUUUUCACUCUGAACUUUUCUCUCUUUCUGUGUCUCUUUCAUGGAUGUAAAUGUUUAGUUUCUCUUGCAUCAGUCCAGCUGCAGAAGACACAGUGAAGAAGAUGUACAUUCUUGUCCUCCUGCUGGUCUUCCUCACUCCUGGAUGUGGGAAUGGGCUGAAAUAUAGAUUUUACAGUGGCUCUUAUAAGACAAGCUGGGCUAAAGCACAGAACUACUGCAGGACCCACCACACUGAUCUGGUCACAAUCAGAGAUGCAACUGAGAAUGAGGACUACUAUGGGGGGUCAGGCUGGAUUGGACUGUACCGAGAGGAUGCAUCAAGUCCAUGGAAAUGGUCCAGAGGAGAUGAGAUAGCCAACUUCAUCAUCUGGGAAGAAGAUCCACUCCCACCUGAAAACUGUGCUUUUAAGUACCCCGGAACAAAAAAGUGGGAGGUCGAUGAAUGUAAUGCCAAGCAUUCCUUCAUGUGUUCUGAUGAGAAGCUGUUCCUGGUGAAGGAGAACAAGACAUGGGAGGAGGCCUUAGAGCACUGCAGGUCUCUGGAGACUGUGGACCCAAAUGAGGCAAACACUCCUUACCAGAACCACCGCUAUGACCUGGCCACCCUGAUCACUCCCGAAGACCACGAUCUUGCUCGAGAGAUUGCACAAGAGUCUACCACUAGAGCAGUGUGGACGGGUCUGCGUUACCUGGCUGAUCAGUGGAUGUGGGUGAGAGGAGAACCGGUGACGUAUCAGAUGAGUUCAAACUGUCCGGGUUCCAGAUCCUGUGGCGCCCUGGAAAAGGAUGGAAAUGCACCUUUCAAUACAAGAAAGUGCCACCAGAGAAAGAACUUUCUUUGUUCAAGGAGGCCUUAAACAGUAGUGGCAUGUUACCAAAUACACUCACUCAUGUACUGACUUUAAGUACAAAUUUGAGGUAUCUUUACGAUAUGAGACUAAGUACUUGUCUAUUGCUACAUGUCAGAGGCUACUAUUAGACUUACUACUCCACUGUUUUUAUCUAACUGCUAUAGUUACUAUGCAAAUUCAAUUUUCUUACACACUAAACAGUGCUCCCAUAUUCCCUCAUUUGAUGUGGUGGUGAUGGUGGUGGAGAGCGAUGUCUGACACAUCAGUGACUCCUCGGUAGAUGGAGGUAUAGUUAUCUUGGAAGAGAUUGGUUUAGGAUGAAACUUUACAUCUUUGCUUUACAUUUCUCUAUAUUUUUAAUGUUUAGCACGACAUUAUAAAAUACUUUGUUCAAAGACUUCUGCCUCUGACUUCAAAAAUAGUCAUGAUAAAGACCCAAUUUCGAGAUUGAAACUUCUAAUUAUGAGUUAUUUAGUUGGCAUCUUAAUAUUUUUUGAGAUAGUUGUCCUUUCUUUCCUGAAUACAACGUACUUCCAUGCUAAACCACACAGCAAGAAGGUUUACAAUAAAAUUGUUGCCUUUAAAAAAGUUGCCAUAAAAAUGACAUGACCAGCGUGCACGUGGCCAUUUGUGGACCUGAUCCCACCACUACCUCCCAUCUGCAGCUUCUUCCUGAGCAGCCCGCCUCAGCAGCUCUUUGUUUUGUGAGCUUCCUGUAAAAUUACUGCUAAUGUUAACACUGAUUUAUUCAAAUAUUUGUGAACUGUUUGAGACCCUCCUUCCUAUAGCAGCUGUUGAGUUUUACAUUAUAUUCAUUAUGUAGUGGGUCAGCAUCACUCAUACUAACGAAUGUCUUUGACUCUACAGAAUGGUUUUGUUUUGGCACCUAAGAAUAGUUUAGUCAAUUAAGUCUUCUUUUACUUAAGUUUGGUUUGCAACAAGGUAACUGUGAUCUUAAGUCGAUAGAAAAUAAUCUGUAGGUGAAAUAAUUUGACUUCUGCAGUAGCAUAUUCCCUUUUGUUGUCAUUUUGUAUUUAGAAUUACAUUUAUUAGCCUAAUUAGUGUUCUGAAAACAAUAAAUGGCAUAAAAACAAUGA